AUGGAGCAGACCGGGGUGCUCGUCACGGCCCGCUGCCCUGACCCCAAGCUCGCCAAGGCCGCUCUCGCUCCCUUCCAUGUGGCCGCGGACGGAGUAACGACCACCAGCGCCUCUGGCUUUGUGCUGCUCCACGAGGGUCAGCCGCUGGUGGUCGCCUCGGCGGCCGCCCUGCUGCCACUCCUGCGGCAGCAGCGCCGCCAGAGCGGCCUGGGCGGCGCCGGCAGCGACGACCUGGUGGCCGGCUCGCGCCUGCAGGCGGUGGUUUCUGGCGGCGGCGAUGCAGGCAGCGAAGGAGCAUCCUCAGGUGGAGGCAGCAACAGCGGAGGCAACCUGUCGGUGGAUCUUAGGCUGCUGGGUCUGGCAGAGCUGCCCGGGGUGCGGCAGGCGCUGCUGCAGCUGCUCGCGGCUCCGUCAAUCGCCGGCCCGGGCGGCUGGCAGCUGGGCUGGCUGCUGCACGAGCAGCGCAGGCGGCAUGCAGAACCACCACAGCCGCACAGCGCGCCGCCACAGCAGCAGCAGGCCCUGCUGCCUUGGCUCAACGGCUCUGCCAGCCCCAGCGGUGGCAGCGCAGGCUCGACCGCAGGCAGCGGCGGCGGCGGCGGGAGCGCGGCGGCGGCAGCAGCGCUGGAUGCCGCUGCCGUGCUGGAGGCGGCUUGCCACGUGGCGGUGCUGCAGACGGCCAGCGCCGGCGGCGCGGCAGCCCUGAGGCGCCUGGCCCUGCCCUGGCCUGCCCCCUGCCCCGGCAGCAGCAGCGCAGCGGCACAAGCCUGCCCGGGCCAGCCGCUGGCGGCAGUCGGGGCGCCCUUCGGCGCGCUGGCUCCCAACCACUUCACCGCCUUCCUCUCUACCGGUGUGGUGUCGGCAGCGGUGCCUCGGGCAGAGGACGGGCGGUGCAGCAGCAGCCACGGCAGCAGCGCAGGUGCUGCGGGCGGGCCGGCAGCGUACGCCCCGGCGGCACUGCUUCUCUCAGACAUGCGGUGCAGCCCGGGCAUGGAGGGCGGCCCUGUGUUUGCUGCCGACACAGCAGCCCCAGGCCACAGUGCAAUGCUUGGCGCGCCAGGGGCAGCCUGUCCACGCGCGGCCGAUGACCAGCUGCUGCAGCAGGGGCAGCUGCAGCAGCAGCAGGGGCAGCAGCAGCAGCAGCAGCAGCAGCAGCAGCGACGGCAGCUAGUGGGGAUGCUGCUGCCGCCGAUCAAGGCGCCUGCGGCGCAGGUCGAGUUUGCAGCCGUCGCCCCCGCAGGCGCCGUGGCAGCGGCGGUCGCAGCGGUGCUGCGGGGCAAGGCGCCCGGCAGCAGCCCGCAGGCCGCAGCGCCAGCCCACACCAGCAGCAGCAGCACCACCACCACCACCGCGGUGCGCGGGACGGCAGCAGGGCACGCAGACGGUGGUGGUGGUGGAAGCAGCGGCGACAGAGGCGCUGCCGCCGGCAGGCUGGCUGCUGUGGGAGAUGGCACGGAUGCUGCUGCUGCUGCGGCGGCGGCGGCGGGGCCCCUUGCGCAGGCGCUGCAGGGAGUGGUGGCCAUCGCCGCCGGCGGCGCUUGGGCCACCGGCGUGGUGGUGAGCAGCACAGGCCACAUCCUCACAAACGCACACCUGCUGCCGCCCGGUGCUGCCUCGGCGCCGGCUCCUCGCCCGCUGUGCGCAGCCCAGCAGGAGCUGCAGCUGGCGCCGGCGGCGGCGGUGGCCGCGGCGCCGCUGCGAGUGCUGCUGCCGGCGGUGGGCGGUGGCGGCGGCGGGGGGUCCCGCUGGGCGGCGGCGGACGUGCGGUACGUCUUCCGGGGCCCGCUGGACCUGGCGGUACUGCAGCUGCAGCAGCCCUGGCAGCCGCCCGUGCCCAGCUGGCGGCCGCUUGCGCUGGCGCCGCGGGGGGCGCACCCGGGGCAGCGCGUCUGCGUGGCCGGCUUCCCAGCAUUCAACCCACGCAGCAGCCCGCUGCAGGCGGCCGUGCUCACAGCAGGCAACCUGGCGAAGGUGGUGCGCACGCCCGCCAGCGGCCAGCCCGCCAUGCUACUCACCACGGCCGCCGUGCACAGCGGCGCCAGCGGCGGCGCGGUCCUGGAUGCCGCCACUGGCCGGCUGCUGGGCCUGGUGACCAGCAAUGCCAAGCACACGCCCAGCAGUGGCGGCGGCGGCGGCGGCCGGGGAGCAGGGCUGCGCGGCGGUCCUGCCGCCCCGACGGUGCUCCCUCACCUCAACUUCAGCAUCCCUGCCGCCCAGCUGCUGCCGGUUGUGGCCGCAGCGCAGGCGGCAGCGGCGGCGGCGGGGGUGGCGGCGGCUGGCGGCGGGUGGUAG